GCGAGCUCUGGCGGCGCGUCAGGACUACGCUUCCCAGGAGGCCGUGCGCGCCGCGGGGCCUCCUGGAAGUUGUGGUCCGGGGCGGGGCGAGGGCGCGCGCGGUGGGCGGGGCGGCGGGCGCAGGGACUACACUUCCCGGGAUGCAACGCGCGGCCGCGGGGGCCAGGGGUUUGGGCCAGGGGUCCGCCGCCCGCGGCCGGGCUGAGUCGGCUGAGGCGGGCGCAGGAGGCGGCUGCGGCCGGGGCCGGGUUCCGGGCCGGGCGGCGGAAGCGGGCGCGGCGGGCGCGGGGGCCGCUGUUCCCGAGGCGAUGAUGGGCAAAGAGGAGGAGAUUGCGCGGAUCGCCCGGAGGCUGGACAAGAUGGUGACCAAGAAGAGCGCGGAGGGAGCCAUGGACCUGCUGCGGGAGCUGAAGGCCAUGCCUGUCACACUGCACCUGCUCCAGUCCACCCGCGUCGGGAUGUCCGUCAACGCCCUGCGGAAGCAGAGCUCCGACGAGGAGGUCAUUGCGCUGGCCAAGUCCCUCAUCAAGUCUUGGAAGAAGCUCCUCGAUGCUUCCGAUGCCAAAGCCAGGGAGCGGGGGAGGGGCACACCUCUGCCCACGUCGUCCUCCAAGGAUGCCUCAGAGGCCAUGGAUCCCAGACGCAGGAGGCCAGAGCUGCCCAGGACACCACCCACCCCGAGGAUGACCACCUUCCCUCCAGUGCCCGUCACCUGCGAUGCCGUGCGCAAUAAGUGCCGCGAGAUGCUGACUGCUGCCCUGCAGACGGACCAUGACCACGUGGCCACUGGUGCGGACUGCGAGCGUCUGUCAGCCCAGAUUGAGGAAUGCAUCUUCCGGGACGUCGGGAACACAGACAUGAAGUACAAGAACCGUGUGCGGAGCCGCAUCUCCAACCUGAAGGACGCCAAGAAUCCCGACCUGCGCCGGAACGUGCUGUGUGGCGCCAUAACGCCCCAGCAGAUUGCAGUGAUGACGUCAGAGGAGAUGGCCAGCGACGAGCUGAAGGAGAUCCGCAAGGCCAUGACCAAGGAGGCCAUCCGUGAGCACCAGAUGGCCCGCACGGGCGGCACGCAGACAGACCUGUUCACCUGCAACAAGUGCAGGAAGAAGAACUGCACCUACACACAGGUGCAGACCCGCAGCUCUGACGAGCCGAUGACCACCUUUGUUGUCUGCAAUGAGUGUGGAAACCGCUGGAAGUUCUGCUGAGCCCUCCUGCAGCUGCCCUGCAGCCCCGGGCCGUGGCCAGUGCCAGCCCUCCCCAGUCCUGGAUGGACACAGCCUCUCUGGAGGCCCCUGAAGGCAGCCCACCCUGCCCCAACCUGCCUGCCUAGAGUGCACCUUUCUGCUCCUUUCCCUCGUUAUUAAAUGUUUCUUUUUGCCA